UCUUUUACAAGAGUUGAGAAAAUUCUACUCUUAUUUUUGUAGAUCUCAAACACAAAUAGAGAUUUUGAGAGAUUAGGUAGAAGAGAGGGAGUAAAUCUCAAUAAAUUGUUUCGACAAUUUCCAACGGACAAAAAAGCUCAAGUUGGAAGCUUGAACUGAAAAAGGUUCCAAGCUUCAAGUUCCAACUUGAGGUGCCUCACAAAGAAGAGUGGAAACAUUUUCCCAAAUCAUCAAUGGCUUCAACCAGCAUUAGUAUCCCAACAAGCAAUUUACUUCAAUUGUGUCUCCUCAAUAAAAAACCCCAUCUUUUUAUCAUCCACUGCAAGUACAAUUCAAUCCCUCCCUCAAAAGGAGCUUCUCAAUUGAACAUUAGACCUUUAUAUUAUUUUUCAUCUCCUGCUCCCAUAAAGCCGUCGGCAGAUCGAAAUUCAGAUAACCAAGUGAAUUUAGUCACAAAUUUUGAUUUUGGUCAGAGACCCGUGAAAACUAACAAAACUGUAUUGUGGGUAUUAUUUUGGACAUCCGUUUCUCUUGUUGUAUUCGCCUUCUCAAAAGAUGCCAAGGCUGUUGGUGUUGGUUCUUCUUCUUCUUCUAUUAAAGCUUCGAGCUUUGGUCUUAAAGUUGCAAGUUUCCUUAGAGGUUCGGGAUGGACUGAUGAAGCCAUCGUUUUUGCUCUAGCCACUCUUCCUGUGAUUGAGCUUCGUGGGGCUAUUCCUGUUGGUUAUUGGAUGCAACUCCACCCAGCCCUUCUCACCGUCUUAUCCAUUCUAGGUUAUUUGUGCUGUAGGAACAUGAUUCCAGUUCCAUUUAUUAUACUGUAUCUGAAGAAAUUUGCAAAUUUUGUUGCUGGGAAGAACCAUGUUGCAUCAAGGGUGCUAGACAUGCUUUUUAAGAGGGCCAAAGAAAAGGCUGGCCCAGUAGAAGAGUUUCAAUGGCUUGGUUUGAUGUUAUUUGUAGCUGUGCCAUUUCCUGGGACCGGAGCAUGGACUGGUGCUAUCAUUGCUUCAGUGCUAGACAUGCCCUUCUGGUCUGCUUUAUCAGCAAACUUCUUUGGUGUGGUCUCUGCUGGUCUUCUUGUCAAUUUGCUUGUGAACCUUGGCCUCAAGUAUGCUAUUAUAACUGGUCUUCUCCUUUUCCUUGUUUCGACCUUUAUGUGGAGUUUACUUCGGAAACUUAGCAACUCUCUAAAUUCACAUAAUUAAAUUACUUCGUCUGAAUCUAUCAUAGAAGUAUUAUUAUACAGGAGUAGUCAUCUUCUCUUGUAUUGAAUCAUUGAGUAUUAUGUUUGCCUACAUCUCCUUCCCUUCUCUUGUAGAAGUAUUAUUAUAUAGGAGUAGUCGCCUUUAUGUGGAGUUUACUUCGAAA